AUGGGGUCGUUAGGAUGUUGGAGCAUGCUAGCGAUACUCUUCCAAACAUUAUUAGUUGUGAUUAUAAGUUGGCUGACUUUAGACUGUAAAUUGGAGCCGGAUGCUACCGAGCUGCAUGAGAUCACGUUGAUGAAGAUCCUGUAUUUAUACGACCCUGAGGCUUGCGGGAAAGUCUUUUUCUACAACGUGACAGCCAGCAUUGGCCACGACAGAAUAUACACCAGUAUAGUCUGGCCAACAAAGAAUCACAUCGCUUCGAGAUUUAGAACAGAGAUUCAAGUAUGGCUGUCCCUUCACUUAAUCUGGACGUUGUUUGCCAUCAUCAACAUAACUCAAGGGCAGCGGUCCUGCAGUUUCUACGCCACCCUGCUACCAUUCACCACCACUGGAAUUGCGCUACUCCUUACCGAUGUGGUAUACACCAUAUUGUUUCUGAUCGAUGCCAAAUACACCUAUACUGAAUCGGCUAUACUCCUCUACCUGACCAAGAAUGGACAUCUCCGGGCUAUAAUGAAAAGUCCUUUAACAACAGCACUGGACGUGGAAGACACGUCCUGGAUAGCCGUAGUCAUGGCUUACUGCAGUAUCAGGGGCAUUGUGCAAUGGAUGGUCAACUUCUGGAUCGUCAAGGACAAUUACUUCGAAGGACUCGAUCAUUAUCGCAAAUUACAGCACCAUAAACCCAGCGUGAGACGUAAGAGUUCCUCAUUUGACUUGUGAUCGAAUCCAUGAACAGUGGUGGUAUGAUAC